AUGUACCAGGUCAACAGUGGUCUCGACUCCAUAUUUUUGAAGGAGACCACUGUGUUGAGGUCUGAUCCCGAUUCCUGCCACUUUGUCCAAGAACACCACACCCUGCCUGGCCACAAGUCCCACCUGAUGGUCCCGGACCACCUGGGGGGGAUAGAGUUCGACAUGCAGCUCAUCUGGAGCGCCCAGUCCUUUGAUUCUCCCUACCAGCUCUGGAAAGCCACCUCCUCUUACAGCAGGAAGGACUACUCUGGUGAGUACACCGUGUUUCUGAUCCCCUGUACCGUGCAGCCCACCCAGUCCUGGACCGACCCUGGAGACAAGCCUCUGUCCUGCACUGCCCACGCCCCAGAGAAGUUCCAGUUACCUAUAGCCUUCCAGCAGACCAACCGGCCCGUCCCAGUGGUAUACUCCCUCAACACUGAGUUUCAGCUGUGCAACAAUGAGAAUGUGUUCAUGAUGGACCCGGCCAUCUCCGACAUAUCCAUGGCUGAGUUGGACUACAAGGGAGCCUUCUCUAUGGGCCAGACGCUGUACGGCAGAGUGCUGUGGAACCCAGAGCAGAACCUGAACUCAGCCUACAAGCUGCAGCUGGAGAAGGUGUACCUGUGUACGGGACGUGAUGGAUACGUACCUUUCUUCGACCCCACAGGGACUCUGUAUAACGAGGGCCCUCAGUACGGCUGCAUCCAGACCAACAAACACCUCAAACACAGGUUCCUGAUUCUGGAUCGGAAGCAGCCUGAAGUCUGUGACAGGUUCUUCCAUGAUGUUCCCUUCGAGGCCAACUUUGCGUCGGAUAUCACCGAACUACAGACCAUGACAGCCAUGCCUGGUGUUGAUGGUUUUACCAUGAAGGUUGAUGCCCUGUACAAGGUGGAGGCGGGACAUCAGUGGUACCUGCAGGUGAUCUAUGUGAUUGGUCCAGAGUCCAUCUCCGGCCCCAGGAUCCAGCGUUAUCUGACCCAUAAGCUUGCACACAGCAGCGACAUGGUGCGGGCUCGCAGGGACCUGACCAAUCAGCUGAGGCAAAGCAUCGCCUACAGCCGCGCUCGCCGGGACCUGGUGGACCAAAGCGGGCAUCUCACCCUCGAUGAGUCUCUGAUCUAUGAUAACGAGGGCGACCAGACGAAGAAUGGAACCAACAUGAAGAUUCUCCGACUCGAGGUCCCCGUUGCCUCCACAUUUAACCCCCAGAUGGGAGGAUCUACGGGCGGGGGCGUGGCUGCGCUGACCCUGUUGGUCCUCGUCCUGCUGGGUUCUUUUUUACUCUUCAGGAAGUGCCGACGGUCGGCUGGAAAGAAGCCGUCCAAGAUGGCGGAGGAGUACCCUCUGAACACCAAGGUAGAGGUCUAUCUAGAGAAGACCCUGGAGAAGAACUUCAGCUCUAAACACUGCACAGUCAGGAACAUCAACCUCAACAUCAACCGGAAUCACGACAACGUCAACUCUAAGGUCAACGGAGGGGCAAAGGUCAACGGAGCGGCGAAGGUCAAGCAGGUCAACCUGGAGGUCAAGCUCCACAACAACCUCGGCAACGACGGCACUGAGGUCUGAGGAUCUCCCGCCUCCCUCCGGUGUUUCCCCUAGCUAGAUUAUUUUUCUAGACAGGGCGACAAAGGCCCCCCAAAAGUAAGACCCUGGUCCUCCUCCUCAACGUGUCAAUUUAUACCAGUAGAAGCAGCAGUUCUACACUCCACCUACUCAUAGGGGAAACAUUGUGAAAAAUAUCCUGAAAUUAAGGAGUAUUUAAUGACAAAUCUAAAAUAAAUCUGGUUUACAGUUCAGGAAUAAUAUAUUGUUCGUUAAUGUUUUUUUAUACGACCUUGAUGUAAGAUAAAACAUUUUAAAAAAUGUUACGCGUUUUUGACGGCCAGCUAUGCAGCAUUUAUUCAAAUCAUUUCACACCUGGGCUACUUCAGGAAUAGAGAAAUGAGUGAACUAUCGCAUUAAACAGGAUUCCGUUUUUCCUCGUUUAAAAAAAAUGAAUUGUCAUCGUUGAACGACGACCAUAGACUUUGGGAUCAGUCAGGUGAAAUCUGCUGCCUUGUUUUUCAACAACAACGCCAAACUGAUCAAUGUACGCUAGGUAGCUAACAUCGCCAAACUGAUCAAUGUAUGCUAGGUAGCUAACAUCGCCAAACUGAUCAAUGUACGCUAGGUAGCUAACAUCGGCAAAAUGAUCAAUGUACGCUAGGUAGCUAACAUCGGCAAAAUGAUCAAUGUACGCUAGGUAGCUCAGGGACUUUUUCUGCAGAUUGUCUUGAAUAGUUUAAAUAGUUCAGAUAUAUCUCUGCUUGAUCAUUUCAUUGCCACAACUGCUAUGAAAGUAUUCAACACACUAAUGCCCCCAAUCCUAACUGCACUUUCAUUCAUCAUGCCGUCAAUUCACAGAAGGAAUGUUAGGAUUCAGGCCCACGGUGAGUUAUGAUCUGUUGUCCACAACUGAAAUAGUAGUGUGUUUAUUAUAUACACUGAGUGUAGAGAACAUUAGGGAACACCUUCCUAAUGAGUGUCACCACCUUUUGCCCUCAGAACAGCCUCAAUAUGUUGGGGAAUGGACUCUUCAAGGUUUCAAAAGCAGUGAUGCUGGACCACAGGGAUGGUGGACCACAGGGAUGGUUAACCACAGGGAUGGAGGACCCUGGAUGCCCUUUGAGUGGUGAACCACAGGGAUGGUGGACCACAGGGAUGGUGGACCACAGGGAUGGUGGGCAACAGGGAUGGUGGACCACAGGGAGGGUUAACCACAGGGAUGGUGGGCAACAGGGAUGGUGGACCACAGGGAUGGUGGACCCCAGGGAUGCUGGACCACAGGGAUGGUGGACCACAGAGAUGGUGGGCAACAGGGAUGGUGGACCACAGGGAUGGUGGACCACAGGGAUGGUGGACCACAGGGAUGGUGGGCAACAGGGAUGGUUAACCACAGGGAUGGUGGACCACAGGGAUGGUGGACCACAGGGAUGGUGGGCAACAGGGAUGGUUAACCACAGGGAUGGUGGACCACAGGGAUGGUGGACCACAGGGAUGGUGGACCACAGGGAUGGUGGGCAACAGGGAUGGUGGGCAACAGGGAUGGUGGACCACAGGGAUGGUGGACCACAGGGAUGGUGGACCACAGGGAUGCUGGACCACAGGGAUGCUGGACCACAGGGAUGCUGGACCACAGGGAUGCUGGACCCUGGAUGUUCUUUGAGAUGGGAAACUGUUGAGCGUCUAAAACCCAGCAGCGUUGUAGUUCUUGACACACUCAAACCGGUGUGGCCUGGCACCUAUAUUACCAUCCCCCGUUCAAAGGAACUUAAAUAUUUUGUCUUGCCCAUUCACCCUCUGAAUAGCACACAUACACUAUCAAUGUCUCAACUGUAUCAAGACUUAAGUAUGCUCCUUUAACCUGACUCCUCCCCUUUCAUCUACACUGAUUGAAGUGGAUAUAACAUGUGACAUCAAUAGAGGAUCAUAUCUUUCACCUGGAUUCACCUGGUCAGUCUAUAUCAUGGAAAGAGCAGGAGUUCCUAAUGUUUUGUAUGCACAGUGUAUAUUCAAGUGCAAUUAGUACUACAUGAACACAGACACACACUCUCUCUCUGUCGUCUCUGUCUCUGUCUCUGUCCCUCUCUCUCUCUCUGUCUCUGUCCCUCUCUCUCUCUCUGUCUCUCU